AUGUAUGGUUCCGAUCCAUUAGUGAUAACUGAUCUUAAAAGUGAACUAGACUAUGUGAAGAAUCUCAUGGAGAAACGUGCAAUAGAAGAAACAACUUUCACCGAAGGAAAUGAUGGUACAGUGAACAUUUCAGGACCAUCAGGAAGCACAACCGUUCCAGGAGUCGACUUCGUGGAAGAUCCAAACAAAGUACUUCCAGACGUGCUAGAUGCAUUUGAUGAACCAUUCGACGCUGACUGGGACGAAAUAGAGAUCCGUCUGAGUAAACUGAAAAAGUUCUCAGAAAACCGGCUCACAGCAAAUAAAAAGAGAGAUUUCGAAAACCAAGUAGAGCGUGUUCAAGCUGUCACAAGAGUCAUCAAGGGUAAGGAGGGACUAAUACUAGACCCUAGGAAUAAAUAUGCCAGGGAACUCAUCAAACGAUCAUCUGUCAGAACACUCAAUGAUGGCACAGAGGUGUUGGUAUUUAGAAGUGAACAAGGUAUUGACAGAGGUGAUACCCAGAUAAUGAAACGUGGUAAAACCAGGAAACCUGUGUACUCCAAGAACUCCAUUGCACUGAGAGAAUACAAGGACCUUAUAAAGAAAAUAAAAGAGGUACCAACGGAUCCUGACGCUAUAAUUGGAAGUGAUGAAUCAAUUUACGAGGAUACUAAAGAAGAGCCCCAAUUUGAUGAAAGUAGUGAGGAAUUCGCUAACCGUGAGAACAUUGAGUUAAUAGACAUAAGUGCAAAACUAGGAGACCAUCCAGGGCUAACAAUGGCAGAAAACAAUGAACUGAGAGGUGUUCUUAACCCGCCUGAGGGAUCAAGUAUAGAAGGCAGAACAGGACCAGCAGGUGCACUGCAAGUACAAGCGGACUACUUUGAUGAAGCUAUUGGUAGAACUGUAGAGCAAGCCACUGAAGCUGAGGGUACAACUGAGUGCAAUGCUCUUAUAGAAAGAAUUGAUAGUCUAAAGGAAGCUAGAGAUCGAACCCUAGAACAGAGAGUAUUAGAGGAAACCAAAGAGGCGCAGUUGGAAGAUAUUUCCAGAUUACGUAAGUUUGUGAAAUGGUUAGGGGAGGAGAAGGUGGGUCUAACUGGAAUAGCAAUAUCAACAGCAGGUCUACUAACAACUAUUCUUAUUCAUGCUAGGGGAGCCAUUGUGAAGACAGCAAAGACCACUGGUAAAGUAGCAAAAGCAUUAGCAAAUUUAGCGAAGAAAGCAGGACCAGUUCUAGUUCCAAUUCUGAACGCAGUUGCAACGGCGCUAUCAUGGGGAGCCAAAGGAAUUACCUUGUUAGCGUCACACUUAUGGGUACUAGCUAUAGCUGCAGCCUUAAUGGUAUACAACUAUUACACAAAGUAA